UCCAUGCCCAGCACCGCAGCCUGGUCUUCCACAUGCUGGGGAACAGAGGGGUGGCACUGGAUGGUGUAGGUUUAUCACGCUCUGGAUGCACACAGGUUGGAGAGCAUGCUGAGCAGUUUUUCAUCCUGGUCUGGGCGAUAUUUAUAGAGGGACCAGUGGCUUGGGGCUGGCAGCCUCCUGGUGACUAAGGAGGGGGACAGUGCUGCUGCCCUGCUGAGGGAAUUCCCUGCGGGGCUGUCCCUCAGGUUCUCACCCCAGCCCCUCCCCCACACUGCUCUCACACCUGCUUCGACCCCAAGCAGAUCAGAUGUGACAGUGGGGGGGUCAUGUGAUGGAGAGAUGGCUAUAUAUAGCUGGGGGUGGGCAUGCUGCCCCAGACGCCUUGGGGACAGGCAAGAGGACAGGCUUAAGGAGCUGUACUGGGGGUUGGACAGGAGCAAGCAGGCCAAGGCCUGGCGGGGGGGAGGGAGCAUGAAGCCAUCUGAGUCCCCGCGGCGUGGGCGCGAACAAAGCUGGUGGGGUAGUGCCCCCCAGUACCAGUACAUGCCCUUCGAACACUGCACCAGCUACGGACUGCCCUCGGAGAAUGGGGGCCUUCAGCACAGGCCCCGGAGGGAUGCAGGCUCCCGUCCCAACGCCCACCCCACACAGAUUUAUGGCCAUCACAAGGAGCAAUUCUCAGACAAGGAGCAGGGCACGGGGAUGCCCAGGAAGAUGGGCUCCAGUGCCACCAUGGACAGCACAGAUGAGGACCACUAUUCCAAAUGCCAAGAUUGUACCUACCGCCUGGGACGUGUGGUGAGAAGGAAGUUAGGGGAAGACUGGAUCUUUCUGGUGCUUCUGGGGCUGCUUAUGGCUCUGGUCAGCUGGAGCAUGGAUUAUGUCAGUGCCAAAACCCUCCAGGUCUACAAGUGGACCUACUCCCAGGUGCAGCCCAGCCUUCCUCUGCAGUUCCUGGUAUGGGUAUCCUUCCCACUUAUCCUCAUCCUCUUCAGCGCCCACUUCUGCCACCUCAUCUCUCCCCAGGCUGUUGGCUCUGGGAUCCCUGAGAUGAAGACAAUACUUCGUGGGGUUAUCCUGAAGGAAUAUCUCACCCUCAAGGCCUUCGUGGCCAAGGUUGUGGCCCUGACUGCAGGGCUGGGCAGUGGCAUUCCUGUGGGGAAGGAGGGCCCUUUUGUUCACAUUGCCAGCAUCUGUGCCGCUGUCCUCAGCAAGUUUAUGUCUGUGUUCUCUGGGGUGUAUGAGACCGUGCCUGGGCAGCUUGACCUCGUGGUGUCGGCCUGCGCAGUGGGCGUGGGAUGCUGCUUUGCAGCCCCUGUCGGAGGAGUGUUGUUCAGCAUUGAGGUCACUUCUACCUACUUUGCUGUGCACAACUACUGGCGAGGGUUCUUUGCAGCCACGUUCAGUGCCUUUGUUUUCCGUGUGCUGGCCGUGUGGAACAAGGACGCUGAUACCAUCACUGCUCUCUUCAGAACAAAUUUUCGAAUGGAUUUCCCCUUUGACCUGCAGGAGCUGCCAGCUUUUGCCGUCAUUGGGAUUUGCUGUGGGUUCCUGGGAGCUGUAUUUGUGUAUUUGCAUCGCCAAGUCAUGCUCGGUGUCCGAAAGCACAAGGCCCUCAGCCAGUUUCUUGCUAAGCACCGCCUGUUGUACCCUGGAAUUGUCACCUUUGUCAUCGCCUCGUGCACGUUUCCACCAGGAAUGGGUCAAUUCAUGGCUGGAGAGUUGAUGCCUCGUGAAGCAAUCAGUACCCUGUUUGACAACAACACGUGGGUAAAACACCUGGGUGACCCUGAAAGCCUGGGCCGGUCAGCUGUGUGGAUCCACCCACAGGUCAACGUUGUCAUCAUUGUUUUCCUCUUCUUUAUCAUGAAGUUCUGGAUGUCCAUCGUGGCCACCACUAUGCCCAUACCCUGCGGAGGCUUCAUGCCUGUGUUUGUGCUAGGAGCUGCAUUUGGAAGGCUGGUAGGAGAGAUCAUGGCCAUGAUAUUUCCUGAUGGUAUCUUAUUUGAUGGCAUCAUCUACAAGAUCCUACCUGGGGGCUACGCAGUAAUUGGAGCAGCAGCACUGACGGGUGCAGUGUCCCACACAGUCUCCACAGCUGUGAUUUGCUUCGAAUUAACGGGUCAGAUUGCCCACAUCCUUCCCAUGAUGGUGGCUGUUAUCUUGGCCAAUAUGGUGGCUCAGAGCCUGCAGCCCUCCCUCUAUGACAGCAUCAUCCAGGUCAAGAAGCUACCCUACUUGCCUGACCUUGGUUGGAACCAGCUCAGCAAAUUUACAAUCUUUGUUGAAGACAUCAUGGUACGUGACGUGAAGUUUGUUUCAGCUUCUUGCACAUAUGGGGAGUUGCAAACCCUGCUUCAGACCACCACCGUCAAGACUUUACCACUGGUUGAUUCAAAAGAGUCAAUGAUCCUGCUGGGCUCCGUGGAGCGGUCAGAGCUACAGGCCCUCCUGCAGCGCCACCUGUGUCCUGAGCGGAGGCUGCGGGAAGCCCGGGACCUGGCCAGGAAGCUGUCAGAGCUGCCUUUUGACGGGAAGGCGCGGCAGGCUGGGGAGGGGCAACAGGGCUCCUCGCCCCGAGGCCGACCGGAGUCCUUCGCCUUUGUGGAUGAGGAUGAAGAUGAAGAUCUCUCUGGGAAAUCCGAGCUGCCUCCACUUCCUCCUCCUCACCCCAUUCCUACUGUUCCACUGCCUCCCGAAGAGCCCAAUGGGCCCCUGCCAGGCCUCAAACAGCAGCCAGAAGCACCGGAGCCUGCAGGUCAAAGGCGCUCCAUCUUUCAGUCUCUGCUGUGCUGCUUGCUGGGCAAAACUCGCCCCACAAAGAAGGAAACAAGACAGGAUUCAACGGAUUUAGUGGAUAACAUGUCACCUGAAGAGAUUGAGGCCUGGGAGCAGGAGCAGUUGAGCCAGCCUGUCUGCUUUGAUUGCUGCUGUAUUGACCAGUCCCCUUUCCAGCUGGUGGAACAGACGUCCCUGCACAAGAUUCACACACUGUUCUCGCUUCUUGGCCUCCACCUUGCCUAUGUGACCAGUAUGGGGAAGCUCCGGGGUGUGCUGGCAUUGGAAGAGCUGCAGAAGGCCAUUGAGGGGCACACCAAGUCGGGGGUGCGGCUCCGCCCUCCCCUGGCCAGCUUCCGGAGCACAACUUCAACUCGAAUGACUCCUGGGGGCCAGCUCCUUCCCUCGGAGGCCUGGAACCUGCCUGAGGAUGGAACUGGGGCCACUGAACCAAAGGAUGUGAUCCCUACCUCCCCAGACACCCCUGAGCUGCCUCCCUCCCCAGAGCCCCCACUUUCCCUGGCUCCAGCCAAGGUGGAAGGUGAGCUGGAGGAGCUGGAGCUGGUGGACAGUCCUGGGCUGGAAGAGGAGCUGGCUGACAUCUUGCAGGGCCCCAGCCUGCGAUCCACCGAUGAGGAGGAUGAGGAUGAACUGAUCCUUUGACCACACCCCAGGACUGCCUCAUCAGUCUGUCUGUCAGGAGCCCAGGCCUGAGGGUGGAGACCAUAUGUCCUUAAGUUGGGGAGAUCAGGCCAAUAUCCUGGCCCUCCUGGGAAUUGUAAAAUGUGACAAUGAUAGUCUUAGAGGAGGAGUCAGAAUUUGGACAGUGACUAGCAUUCAGACAGUCCACAGCGCCUUCUUUCAAGUUCCCCACCCCAUGGUCUCCCCACUCCCUGAGAUUUGCCUCCAGACUCCAUCUGACUGCCACUCUCUGUCCCCACGCAAGGCCAGUACUGGGACAGUGAAAGGCCAAUCCCAUCCCCCCUUCUUUGUCCUGGAUUUACACAGUGAAAUAUGGAUAAAGAAACUAUCAGGGGGAGAAGCCUGGAAGGGAAAUGUCACAAAAGGCUCUAUGUGGAAGGGGCAGGCACCUUCAGCCAAAUGGUCAUGCUGCCCCAUCAAACACCCUCCAUCAGAAAUCCUCCCUAUCUCACACCACAGCUUCCUUACCCCAUUUCCAGGUCGCUUCCUAGAAAAAUCCAUCCCCUUUCUUCCCACUGUGGUCAUUGAUCUGUCCUUCCCGAGGGUUAGCUCUGCCCUCGAACUGCUCUGGCUGGGACCUCUCCUGCCAAGAACCCUUCAGUUGGUCACUCAGACAUCAGCCCUUAGAUGAGUUCUCUGUGUUCUUCUUGGGGUGGAGAGCUGGGGUUUCAAUGUCAAGAUGGCCGACCUCUUCAGUGCUUCCACACUUAGAGGAUCAGAACCAUAUCCUCCCCAAAUCGGCAACAGGGAGCUUGCCAUGAGCCUGCCUUUUCUGCCAGUGGUCCCCGGGGCUCUGAGCAUCCAAAAACCCUUGUGCCCACACUCCAAGCUUUCCCCCUCCCCCCCCCCCCUUGAUGCCCUCGAGUUGUGAACCCUUUCCAAUGUGACAUUCUCCUCCUUCACCUCCCCUGGCCCAGUCUCCUUCAUUCCCCAAAUAAGACACUCAUAGUCAGAGGAUGCCACCACAUUCUGUUUAGUGCCAUUGAACACAGCCUGGAGCCCUCUCCAGAAUUACAUCCCUUCCCCCUCCCCAGGCCAAGAGAGGCUGUAGUGUAGCCUGGGGAGGGGGCUGGCAGUGGGCACUGGAGCCCAAUGCCCAUGUGUAUAUAAUCUAUAAUAUUCAUAUAUAUUUAUAUAUAAUUCUCUCUGUAAUAUAUGUCAUAGAAUCUCUCUUAGGCCUGGGGGGGAGGGGUGUCACAUUAAGAAAACAUGCUAAGACUGACCACAAAAA